GAGGGGAGAUCUUUCGAAGGGAAAAAAGCCAAAUGGAUACGCCCCCAACAAGGAAGUCAAGAGAAGAGGAGAAAUGUUCUUCCUCCUCUCUCUCUCUUCUACCUCAGCAGCCGGAGCAGCAAUAGCAGCUUCCAACUUCAUUUCCCUCUCCAAAAAAACCCUCUCUCUCCACUAUUUAUCCCUCAUUAAAACGGCAAGAAAACCCUAUUCCUGUUCUCAAUUUUCCACCACCAUGUCCAUCAACCUCAACUCUCAUGCCUUUGCAGGCAACCCCAUAAGGCUAAAUACCCCAAAAUCCAGUGACCCUUUUUCGCCUACUUCAGCUUUCCAGACCCUCAAGACUCUUCUUUUGAGCCACACCCAUGAGCCGUCUUCUCCUGAUUUCAAGGUCUUGCCUUUCAGGAAGGGCAGGCCCUUGGCCGGUUCGGUAUGCGAUGCUUCUGGCUCCGGUGGAAAGCCUAGCUGGCAUUUGGGCUGGUUGAGCCUGGGUGAGUGCAGGGCUUUUUUGGAGAAUUCUGAGGUGAAUUUGAAUGAAGAUUCGUUGGUUUACUUGGGUUUCACUGCCGAGGAUGAUGUUGUUUAUUGGGCUAUUGAUGUAUCUGAGGCUACCGGCCUUGUGAGUGAAUUUGGUGCCAGGCAGUUUUGCUUUGUGGAGUUGAGGACAUUGAUGGUUGCUACUGACUGGAUUGAUGCUAAAGCGAUGGGUGAGCUUGCUGUUGCUGGUCAUGCAAGAGCUUUACUGGAGUGGCAUACCUCAUCACGUUUCUGUGGAUAUUGUGGAGCAAAAACAGUACCCAUGGACGCUGGUAGACGAAAGAGUUGUUCAAAUGAAUUAUGCAAAAGGAGGGUUUAUCCACGAGUUGAUCCGGUUGUCAUUAUGUUAGUCAUUGAUAAAGAGAAUGACCGUGCUCUACUUAGUAGGCAGUCAAGAUUUGUGCCUCGCAUGUGGAGUUGCUUGGCUGGUUUCAUAGAGCCAGGAGAAAGCUUAGAAGAGGCUGUUAGAAGAGAAACGUGGGAGGAAGCUGGGAUUGAAGUUGGUGAAGUCGUCUAUCAUAGUUCUCAGCCAUGGCCUGUUGGACCAAGUGGCAUCCCAUGUCAGCUUAUGGUAGGGUUCUUUGCUUACGCUAAAUCACUUGAAAUUAAUGUGGACAAGGAAGAGCUGGAAGAUGCAAAAUGGCAUAGUAGAGAAGAUGUUAAAAAGGCACUGCCUUUUGCUGAAUACAAGAAGGCACAAAGAACUGCAGCAGAUAGAGUGGACCAAAUAUGCAAGGGAGUUGAGAAAGGACAGAACCUAUCUGCGGACUUUAGUGUGGAAAGUGGGGAACUUGCUUCGAUGUUCAUCCCUGGACCCUUCGCUAUUGCUCAUCAUCUCAUUUCUUCCUGGGCCAAUCAAGUUGUGGUGAAUGGGGCAGAAACGCAUAGUAAACAACCUGGUUUUUGACCCUCACUUGUGGAAGUCAGUGUGAAAUCCAUAGGUUGGGCGGAUACCUUUGGAUUUUGUUCUUUCCUUUUUGGCUUUGGGAUGCUAAUCAUCAAAGUUUUGAGUCAUCAUAAUUGUGCUCGAGCUGAUUACUAGUGCUUGCUGUUUGAGCAACCCGACCGACUAAACCAAACCAUAUUGCGAUGAGUGCUGAAAGCUUCGAGUCAGGUGGCCACUUCGCCUCAAGGAAGCAGAAGAUAGCCCCCUGAAACUUUUGGAACGCAUGUUUGACAUGAGGCAUAAUGCUUCAUUAGUAAAAGAAAUAGCAGUUUUAAGAUGUCAUGUGUUGCGUACAUCGCAUUACAUUUCUGAACCGCUAAAAACUUUAAUGAAACUUUAAUGAGAACUUUCCUAUUACCGC